AUUUAUUUUGUUGAGACCUAGAUACGGGCCCUUGCUCUCCUCGGCCCACCGAUCCACGCCCCGCACGCACACGACCCGCAGACCGCACCCUGUCGGCGAGCUCGCUCCCGUUCCCGUCCGCUGCUCUCCGCUCGACGCCGCCGUCUUCCGCGCAGCUAGUGUCUACACUCCCGGCGACGAUGGCGGAGGACUUGGUUUUGGACACGGCGAUCCGAGACUGGGUCCUGAUCCCGCUCUCCGUGGUUAUGGUCCUCAUCGGCGUGCUCCGCUACUUUGUCUCCAAGCUCAUGCGCUCCCCGGCGACCUCUCCGUCUCCCGACCCCAAGCUCGUUAAGGAAGGGCAGGUGGUCAUCAGGGCGAGGAACCUGAGGACCAACGCACAGUUCAUCCCGGCCAAGGCUUUCAAGGCACGCAAGGUUUAUUACACCAACGAGGAAAAUGGAUUACUUCAUGUUCCAAAGGAAGACGCGCAGAAGGCUCAGGCAGCCAUGUUUUCUGAUCCAAACAUGGCCAUGGACAUGAUGAAGAAGAACCUAUCCAUGAUAGUUCCUCAGACACUUACAUUUGCAUGGGUGAACUUUUUCUUUUCAGGUUUCGUUGCAGCAAAAAUCCCCUUUCCAUUGACUCAGAGAUUCAGGGGAAUGCUGCAAAAUGGGAUUGACCUGAGCACUGUUGAUGUCAGCUAUGUUAGUAGCCGGUCAUGGUAUUUCCUCAAUUUAUUCGGCUUGAGGGGUCUUUUCAGUCUGAUCCUUGGUGAAGAAAACGCAACUGAUGAUGCACAGAAGAUGAUGCAAAUGGGUGGUGGAUUUGGAUUUAACCCAACAAUGAGUUUGGGAGCAGAGAAAGACAGCCUGGAUAUCAUGCAGCAUGACUGGGCUCUACCUAAGAUGGAGCGGCACGCAGAAGAUGUGUUGAAACAGUUGCUGAAGAAAUGACUCGAACGGUUGGGCUUCUGGGAAGCAACACUCGCGUCGCGUCUUCCAGUUUUUGUUGAAGCCAGUUUGGACCAGGAAUUUUACCAUUUCUAAAUGUAUUAUUUAUAACUAGCUACUAUAACACCCUUAGAAGGUGGAGACCGGGUGUUGUGAUACUUAAUAUAAGUAGAAAAAACGUAAUUCUGUUACUUUAUUCUCCUGAUAUUUAUGAGCAUCGUUUAAG